GAAUGGCGAAAGCCACCGCUGACGAAACAGUUAAUCACCAAACACAACUUGUUUAUAUUACGCCACCGGUAUCGGUAACGCUAACCUCGCGACACAGUAACCGAUACCGGGAACGCUGAACAGGCAACCUUCGCGAGUAGACAACAGAUCUGCCGAGUCGGCAAGGCCAGAUCGGCCGGCUCUCCAAUAAAUAGAGAAUCAACGCCGUAAUAGGCGGACUCAGGUUAAAGCACGCGACAGUACCGCGUCGCGUCCGGCACCAUCGUAAUUAUCUCGAACAACUGACAGUGUAACCAUUUAUAAUAAAACACUUUAUUAUUAACCGUACACGAGUGUUUGAUUCAACCGUCUCCAAUCGACGGGCUCCUACCAACGACUCCGAGAAAGGAACGCAUAACAAAAGUGGUGGCAGCGGUGACCCGUCGUAGAAGCCAGACUGUGGUAACCUGCAAGAGAACCAGCCGAGGAUCAACAAGCGUCCCAAAGAAGAGAGGACCCGAAAAGGUGACCCGGCGGCAAGCAGACACUACGCCCGGACAGCACACGAAGAGGCACCGGACGAUCCACAACACGGCAAGGAGACAACAUCAUGCAACGACUUGCGAUAGUUAUGUAAGUCAAUUGUAACACAUAAUUGUAAGCGUAAAAGACAUUGUAAAAGCGCGUAGUCAAUGUCGAGAAGCGAGCCGAGUAGCCCACACAAUCCCGAACGAAAUACUUCGUGGUUACAUAGUGAACCGGGCGCUCGAGCACGUAGACCGGACGCACUGAGCCCCGUACGCGUAAUAGCCGAAGCCGUGCAAGAUAUUCGCAACAGCGUACGCCGAAAUUUAGAACGCCAUUUCUCGAGCGAUUCCGCGUCCGAAACAGAAUUACCGCCGAACGUAGUCGUCGAACGGGAAUUUCCAUUUAACGAACUAGACCCGAGCAUAAUACAAAACGGAUACGACGGAAGCCCAAUACCGCCGACGGACAACCAACCAGUCGAAAGUAUAGACUCCAAUAUCAGUAUUACCCUGCGGAGGGAAUUCUCUCUGUCAUCGUAUGAUAGCAGCGUAUUCAACCCGGAAGAGUUUUAUAUUGCGGCGCGUGAUCCGAGAAGAAUGGCGAGCCAAUCAGAACUCACACCGCGUCCGGACGCGGGUGACGAAAGAGAGGUAUCAAACGCCGAGAUAGACGCAGAGAUAAUUCGGUUGAGAACCGCGAGCGCACGAAGACGCACCAGACAAGAGCAACCCGAACCGCAGGAAGAGCAACGAAACAUACUAGAUGUGUUAGACCAGGUGAUCGACGGAAUGCGAGCUUUACAAGAUCGAAUGAGCAGAAUAGAAAUUGCACACUACGGAGAUCAAAACACGUCGGACCUACGCGAAAAUCCAGAACCUCCGGGACCGCCAGAAAUAGCAUACGGUCGCACGACAGCGGACAUUAGAAAUUCACGUGGACCCGUAUAUACGUAUAUGAAGCUGAAAGAGGCACGCGACAUGAUCCCCACAAUGGACGGAACGGUUCGAAACGAGGUAAUAGAAUUCUUGAACGCCAGUUCAUAUGCGGUAAAGGAAAUAAAUCCGCAAGACGAAGACUCGCUGUUGAGAGCAAUCUUAUGCACAAAAUUGAAAGGCAAAGCCCUACAUGACUUCCAAACGCGCGAUAUACGCACAUACGCUCAAUUAAAACAGGAAAUAGAGACGUGCUAUUUAGCAAAACGCGGCACCGCGCACAUUACAAACGAAUUCAAUCAAGCCCGCCAAAAGCCCGGCGAAAGCGCACAGAAGUAUGGUCUUCGCGUAGAUAAGCUCGCCAUGGAGCUCUAUCAGUCCAUGAUCGAGGGGAAAAGGCAGACGCCCGAGCAAAGAAAGGGGAUCCUGGAUACGAUCCAAGGAUUAGCACUAGAAAAUUUUCAGCUAGGACUGCGGGAAGAGAUAAAAUUAAUAGUGCGAUCCCGAAACUACGCAACGUUAAUGGACGCGAUACAAGGCGCGUCCAAUGAAGAAAAACUGAAAGGAGUAAACGUCAAGUCAGAUAAACCUACUGACCGCUACAGAGAAGGACAGCACGAGUACAAGAAGCCAAAGUGUUUCAAAUGCGGUAAGAUAGGCCAUCACGGGCGCGAAUGCAGAACAGGCCAAAACCGAUACCACUUGCCCCGGCCGGAAAAAACGGCUAGCGCUAACACCGUGGAAAAAUAUUGCACGCACUGUAAAAGGACGGGGCAUAAGCGCGAAGAAUGCUGGCUAUUACACGGUAAGCCACGUAAAGAUAACCCAAGGCUACCAAGAAAAGAAAAAAGAAUAAACAUUGCCGCGGCAAACCGAACAGGUAAGACGCACCGCAAUAAAGAAAGCGACGAGUCAUCAUACAGUAGCAGUGACAGCGAAGAAGAAAGAGGAAAGAAGAGGGCAAGAGAGCGCACCGUGCGCGAGCAUCAAGUUACACAAGUGACAUGCAAGCAACGUAAUCAUAACGGCCUAGACCUAAUAACACUACCAGUACGGGAGGCCACGAAAGAAACAUUGAGCUUACUACUAGAUACAGGUGCAACUAUCACCUUAAUAAAGGUAGGAUCCUUGAAGGGAGAAACCAAAAUGCGUGAGGAACGCAUGACACUCACCGGCGUGACAGGACAUAAAAUCCACACGAUUGGAAAGAUACGAGCUACCAUAAAUAUUGGAAACCAAAAAAUACGGCACACGAUGCACGUUGUAAAAGAUGACUUUCCCAUAGACUAUGAGGGCAUUCUAGGAAUAGAUUUCCUAAACAAACAAGGUGCAAAAUGCGACCACGGUAAAAAACAAGUACGAAUAGGAGAAGCAAUUUUUAAGUUGCACCCACAUAAAAAAUUUACGCUAAACCCCCGUAGCGAAACAAUAAUACAGGCAGUGACCAAGAGCAACCGAAUAGGAAUUGUCAAACCCGAGGAAACGAGGCCCGGAGUAUUUAUCGGGAGUUGUCUCGUAUGCCCAGCGGACAAUACUUGCCCGGUCAGUGUAAUGAAUACAACCGGAGACACCGUAGAGAUAACAAUGCCGAGUGUCACUGUGGAAGAGAUAAAGACGGAAGACACUGAGCACGCGCUCAUGUUACGGGAAGCAGCCGAGAGUAGCAACGAACCGGCGCAAGAAAGAAAAGAACGGCUGUCUAAGCAAUUAAGCAAUAAAAUUAAGUUUAAGCAAAAAAAAAACGGGAACGUACCCCACGUUCCCUUCCACCCAAGGGGGAGGAAUGUCACGAAUGGCGAAAGCCACCGCUGACGAAACAGUUAAUCACCAAACACAACUUGUUUAUAUUACGCCACCGGUAUCGGUAACGCUAACCUCGCGACACAGUAACCGAUACCGGGAACGCUGAACAGGCAACCUUCGCGAGUAGACAACAGAUCUGCCGAGUCGGCAAGGCCAGAUCGGCCGGCUCUCCAAUAAAUAGAGAAUCAACGCCGUAAUAGGCGGACUCAGGUUAAAGCACGCGACAGUACCGCGUCGCGUCCGGCACCAUCGUAAUUAUCUCGAACAACUGACAGUGUAACCAUUUAUAAUAAAACACUUUAUUAUUAACCGUA